AUGAUACCAUGUAGCAAAGCGCGCCAUAUUGCUGUGUUGGCCCGCCUUUGUAGUGGGCAGGGCGUCUACCUGGAGGGUGUGGUCGGAGGGUCCUUCCCUGACCGUCUCUGUAGUGGACAGGGCCUCUACCUGGAGGGUGUGGUCGGAGGGUCCUUCCCUGGCCGUCUCUGUAGUGGACAGGGCGUCUACCUGGAGGGUGUGGUCGGAGGGUCCUUCCCUGGCCGUCUCUGUAGUGGACAGGGCGUCUACCUGGAGGGUGUGGUCGGAGGGUCCUUCCCUGGCCGUCUCUGUAGUGGACAGGGCGUCUACCUGGAGGGUGUGGUCGGAGGGUCCUUCCCUGGCCGUCUCUGUAGUGGACAGGGCGUCUACCUGGAGGGUGUGGUCGGAGGGUCCUUCCCUGGCCGUCUCUGUAGUGGACAGGGCGUCUACCUGGAGGGUGUGGUCGGAGGGUCCUUCCCUGGCCGUCUCUGUAGUGGACAGGACGUCUACCUGGAGGGUGUGGUCGGAGGGUCCUUCCCUGGCCGUCUCUGUAGUGGACAGGUCAUACAACGUUUUGUUGUUGACUGA